AUGGUUCGCCGAGGGAGGUGGCAUUGCUCCCACAGAGAUGCCAGUGGUGGUUUUGUGGAAGUGCUUGUCGCGCGUUGUCGCCAGUCACUUUCGACGUCAACCGACACAGGGGACUCUGGUGAGGCAUCCACCACAGAUUCGUUGUUUCACUCAUUUCUCCUUGAUGUUGAGGCGGAUGAAGCGUGUACAAGUCUUUUGGAGGAUGAUGUGGUCAACAACGUGGAUGGAGAAGACGGGAGCGAUGGUGAGGCUGCUCGCAUGAGGUCCUGCUGUAGGAUAGAAAAAGAGGGCUUUCACACAACGUCGACUUCUGCUCGUGUGGUAGAGGAAGCAUCUCGCUUCGUUGCGUAUCACUGCCAUCACGUACUCACAGAUUUUAGAUUCAAUCGCAAGACAUGGUUCAAUCAGCACAAGAGGCAGCAGCGACAAGAACAUCCUGAGCGUGGAAACCCUCCGCCGGGAACGACAUUGCCGGGGUUGUCGCAUUCAUACAGCGCGGCGGAGCUAGGUAUGUUAAUGGAUUACGCCUUUCAAGCGUCGGUCCUACUGCAUCUGACAGGGCUUUAUGAGGUAGGCGAGAAGUAUUUGGAACCGCUACUAGAUGUCUGUUUAUCGGUUAGCAUUUUCCUCUCGCAGGCCCAUAACUUCAGUAGGCAUAAUAUAGCGCAAAAGCGCAACCGAGAGAGCCGUGGUACUGGGUACGAUGUGCUGUUAGACCCCUCUCUAAAUCCACAUUGGGAUUCAUUGCGUUGGGCGGUAGUUCAUUAUUGUGAGGCGGUGAGGUUGUGGGAGCUGCUAGAUCACACGGCACCUCUCUUUAGUGUUGAUCGUACUCGGGAGCCAUUUGGCCGCCUUCUCCAAGCCCAUGCCGGCUUGAUUACACAGACGCUCGGUCCACAAGGCUUUCUACGUGAGGAUUGGAACCACUUUAUGCUGCUGAGAGCAGGAAGCGAAAACCAAAAGCGCUCCAUGGCAAUUGCGCAGUGGUUUGGUGAAUUUGGGUAUCGGCAUGGAUCUGCCCCUAAUGAGGAAGGUGGCCCUGGUGUGUCAUCGUCAUCUCCAUUUUGCUUGUUUUCUCAGCAACGUCGGCUACAGCUACUGCCGAAGUUGUGGCUUACCAUGCUGGGGGCUCACAUUCAACGAGGUGAGACGGCACCACAGCUACUAAACAAUCAUCCUAGUGAUAAUUGUGCGAAAUUGUUAGACUCUCUUGAUGGGGUGAGGAGCUAUCCAGACAAACGGGAGAUCAGAGACCCCGCCAAAGCGGUGACUUGGUGCGCUGCGCGGCAUUCCCUCUUACAUUUGCUUCCUCUUUUUUCCAGGGAGGCCAAGGCGGAUGCUUCUCUGUGGGCGCUUCUUCAGUUAUUUUAUGUUGGAUCAGACCGUUGCCGCAGCGGACGUGUGGAGCUCGCGGCGCUUUUGUCUUCCCUGGAGCGACAUGGCAUGAUGAGGGAUUUUGUGCCUUCGUCCUCGACUUACACCGUUUUAAACAACUCUUCCGGCACGAACCGUGUACGAUUCUUGCUUCAGCGGUGGUUGAGGAGCCGGUCAUGUUGUUCACCUGCUCCAUCGCCGCAGGUGGAUUUGGGGCUUUCGGAGCCCCUUAUCACAACUUUGACAGGGAUGUACGUCGCCUUCACCAAGCUUCCGCUCUGUGUGCUGCUGCUAACACCGGAGGAAGGCCAAAACAUCCAUGGGAGCAAGCCAAGUCCGAAGCCCACCGUAGUUACUAACUCGACCGCCUCAGGGUUCGAUGGCUUGCACUUUCUGAACGUUCUUCUAUAUCGCAUUCUCAUUCAAUGGAGGUCAAGCGGUUCUAACUCCACAGUGCGGGGCGCGGGCCUCUCAAUGCUCAGCCAAAGGUUUCAAAGAUUUUUUAGAGACCGCAGCGUUGUUGCCAAUGACAGUGGCAACAGAGCUGUGGCGCUGUCGAAACACAUUCAAAUUCGUUCAGAGUGCUGUGCGGAACUCGUGUUCAUGCUAAGGGCUGCGCGUUGUCUGCACAGGCUUCACCAAUGUAUCAUACGAAUGCAGCACCAGAAAACGAAUUGGAGUUGGAAGCAGGCCGGAGGGUCCAGCGAUGAAGGGGCGAAGGGAGGUGCUUUUGGUAUGGCUGGAGCGUUGCUGCUUGUCAUUGAGGCGGCUACACGCGGGUUUGCUAUGCAGCUUGGUGAGGUCGUGUUCCCUCUAUAUCUCGCAGCAUUACAAGAAUCGGUCGAAUCAACGCUUAGCGCUAUGGAGAGGGAUCUCUUGGAAGCACUACACACCAUACUCACGAAUAUUUUAGUAAGGAGCUCUGCCAAGGAUGCACAGGAGGCGGACGCCAGCGCCAUAUUCCGAGGGAGGGAGGGUGACAUCCCAAGUACCUACUACGAGGGUAUCGAGGCCCUUUUUUCACGAUAUACAUCCUAA